CAACAACUUAACCCAUAACCCUGGGAUAUUAAUGCACUGUAUAGACUAUAGCUCAUGUAAUGGCUUCGACUGUUCAGCUACAUAUCAAUAUAAUGGUUACGUUACUAGUAUGCAAGAUUUCAAAUUAAACUUCUGCUUUGGCCUGGUGCUCAACCAGUGUGAUAAUCCAACGAAUAUGGUUACAACUAUCGAAGUGCCAGAUAAGAAUAUCAAUUUCACCCAAAAAUAUUAUGACGAUGAAACAUAUCAAAUUCCAGGUGCAACAUUUGAUCUUGGUGUAGGGACUGCUGAUACCUUUGUAGAUGUAACUCUUGAGAAAUCUGAUGAUGGAAAAUUCAUCACUAUGGGGUUACUGCUGAAAGUGCGUGUCAAAGUCCCUAUAUUACCAGCACAGUGGCCCGAUGAACUCAAGAGAGAUGUUUUUCCCCCAACUACCAUUCCAAUACCCCCAUGUAAAGGCAAAAAGGCACAAACGCCACCCCCAAGACACAAUUGUGUUCCUCCAAAAGAACAUUCUGGGGUCCACCCAUCUUCACCAACAACUUCUAGACCCCCUGUGAAGCCUCCCACUGGAAGACCCCAUAAACCAGUAACAACAAAACCACACACUCAACAGCCUCCAGUUAUAGAUGUAAAAGGGAAAAAAUGUACAUCGAGUGUAGAUUCCGGAAUAAUUGGACAGUGUGGGGAUAACGGGAAGUGUAGCAACGGAAUAUGUGGAUGUAUGGAUGGAUAUGCCUUUAAUGCCAUAACACACUCCUGCACAGCUCAAGUUAACAAAUUGCUAGGAGCAGGUUGUGAGCUGAGUCUGCCAGAAUGUGGUUAUAAUGCUAUUUGCAAGAGGAAGUCCCAAUCAUCGCAUAGUAGAGGUGGUGUGUGUGCAUGUGAUGUCAGUAAUCACUUCAUUAAGACUUCAGUAAAUGGAGGAAGUGCUUGUGUGCCAGGUGAUGCCACAGAAACAACAAAGGCCCCUGCAGGCAUUCCAGUCACUCCACAAGGAAAAGUGGACCAUGGGAAAGAUGCUUCUGACACCCCAUCUACUUCAAACACAGUUGCUAUAGCAGCGAGUGUUGGCUCCAUUGGGUUUGUACUCUUAGUGGCAGGCCUAGUUGGUGCUGCCAUCUUUAUACGACGUCGACGACUGAGGUAUCGAGAUCAUGAUGUCCUGCUAACAACAGGAGACGAAGGAGAUGAUGAGCCCAUAUAGAAGGCACAUGAAGGAAAUAAUUUUCAAACUAGAGACUGUUACCAACAUGAAGGAUUAUAAAGAAUUUUUAGCCCAACGGGAGAAUUUCCUAAUCUAUAAAUUAUGUGUAAUUAAUUUUGCCUCAAAAGUUGAGGAAUUAUCUCAAACGUCUGAAAAGAAAUAUUUUGGGAAAAAAUAUUUUGUACAAACACAGCUAGAGAAUUCACAUUCUCCAAACUAUAUCAGCUGAUGAAAGAUUUGUUCAUAUUUACUUAUAUAUUUGGGGGAAUUAUCUCAUACUACUACUAGGAUGACUUGGCAGAAUCCUUGCAGAUGCAUGUAUACAGCUAUAAAAAUUUGGUAUUUUAAAAUAGAAAUAUUGCUUUUUUGUGAAAUGCUGAAUGCAUUUGAAACAUGAACUUGCCAUUGGGGAUAGAGAUUUAUGUAUUAUAUAUGUUAUAGUAUAUAUAUACACUAGUAAAUGAAUCCAAGAUAUAUGUAUAUAUUAUAUCUGCUUAAAGGUUUCCUGAAACAGUGUAUAAAGUUAUACUAAAGGAAGAAAAUUAUUUUCAUUUAGGUGUGUUACUGUACAGUUUAUUAUAGCACAUGUUGUAUUUGACAUGACGACGUGUUUCUAGAUGUAAUUUUAUUUGAAUUCAAAUUGAAUCAAAUAAUGACAGAUCUGAGAGUGAGAUAAAAACUGUUUUGAUCAAAAUAGAACCAAGCAAUUGAUGUUGUUUGAAUAUUAGCAGUGCAUAAGUGAACGAAGCUAAAACGGAUGAUCUAAAAACUAGAAUUAGAUUCAAAGUCAAAUUUGGAGUGUAAAGUACAACCUAUCAUGUUGAACACCAAUAAAACUUAUUCCUUUGCCACAUUUUUGUGGCUACAUAGAACAAAUGAAUGGAAAUUUAAGAUUACUACGCAAAUACGAAACUGAACAAAACUCUAUAUAUUUUGAUAUUAUAUAACUUAGGUUUAACCACACUGGUGCAUAAACAAUGUUAAACGUGUCCCAUUGUCUCCUGAAGGAGUGUUAACCCAGGAAUAUUCUGGUAGAUUAUCUAUUUUCAGUGUAGGUGAUUGCCGGUAUGUAUCACUCUACACAAAAGUGUAUAUUAGUGGUAAAGAUUGGAUUAGAUCAAGUGGAUUGGAUUCUUGUAAAAGGUGGAUUGGAUCAAGUGGAUUGGAUUCUUGUAAAUGUGGAUUGGAUUCUUGUAAAAGUUUGAUUUGAUUGGGAUAGUCAAACGCAAAUGAAUUUACAUGUAUGCACUAUCUGUUCAGCAUAAUCGAUCUUUAAAUUAUGGAAAUUCCAUAUUUUGCAGAAUCCCAAUCCAAUCCACCUUUUGCAUGAAUUCAAUGCUCUCAAUCCAAUCCACCUUUUAAUCCUUACCAUAUUAUUAGUAUUAUGUACCCAGGAACAUGUAUAACCAAGUGCAGUAUUGUAUAUAAGCUUUUCACACUCUUACAUGUUUAAAUGCUUGGAUGGUCAUAUUUGAUGAGUAGGACACUAGUUUCCUAUAUAAUUCUUUCUUUUAACAUGCUUACUCUACAAAAAAAAAUUCUAAAAUAAAGAUCUUGUUUUUCUGUACACUUAUUGUCUACUUUUUACAAUUUGUUACAUGACAAUUUUUGGGCUAUUUGUCUUGUUUUAGAGACUUCAGUUGAGGUUGAUAUACAUGUAGCCUAUAUUAUGAAUUCAUCAAAUAUGUCCAUCAUGGAGUAAUGAUUGUUAAGGGAGUUCAAUAUUGGUAGUUAGUACCAAGAAAUUUAAAGUGCCAUGUUAAAAGGCAUAUUCUGUAAAAAAAGUUGUUGCAUGUUAUUAUACAUUCAAUUUAUUUUCAAAUAUUCUCAUUGUUGAUUUAUACAAGUUUAUAUGUAGAUCUGAUAUUACUUGAAACAUUUUAGUUUAUGCCUCAGAUUUUCAUCUUCCUACUUGAAGUUUUAUGAGAAUGCCAUAUACUGAGUAAGGGGAUGUGGCAUUAGAGGAUGUCAUAUUUAAGGUCUGGUUUGAACUCUGAAUCACUUAUGUCUCAAAGAGAUAUCUUUAUGAGGCACAUCUGAGUCUCUUUCGAAUUCCAAGUACUGUUUUUUUUAGAGUUCAAUAUUGUUAAGAAAAACUAUAAAGCCAUAGAUCAGGAGUUUGUAUAUCAUGCAAUAAAAUGGUUGUUACUCUUAAUGAUCAUGAGUUGCACUUUCACGAACAAGAAGUGAACUGUGUUCUGGUUAAUUUUUCAUGGUUGAUGGGCCA